AUGGCAGACCAAUGGACGAAGCAGACCUUCACCCUCAACACGGAAGUACGCCAGGCAGUCAAGGCAGCCCUCGACGCAGGAUACCGCCACAUUGACACCGCUCUCGCUUACGGCAACGAGCACGAGGUCGGCCAGGGCAUCAAGGACAGCGGCGUCCCCCGCGACCAGAUCUGGCUUACCACGAAGCUGGAUAACCCAUGGCACAAGCGUGUUGAGGAGGGCAUCACCUCCUCUCUGAAGUCCCUCGAGACUGAUUAUGUCGAUUUGUACCUUAUGCACUGGCCAUCUUCGACCGACCCAGAUGAUUUGAAGAAGCACUACCCUGACUGGAACUUUGUCGACACCUGCAAGUAUCCCACACUCCAUUACAUCGGUGUCUCCAACUUCGCCAUCAAGAACCUGGAGAUCCUGCUGAAGGACGAAAGCUGCAAGACCGUCCCAGCCGUGAACCAGGUCGAGCUGCACCCCAACAACCCAUCGCCGAAGCUCAUCGACUACUGCAAGGAGAAGGGCAUCCACGCCACCGCCUACUCGUGCCUUGGCUCGACCAACAGCCCGCUUGCAAAGGACCAGACCCUCCAGAAGAUUGCAGACUCGAAGGGCAAGUCUACCGCCCAGGUGCUGCUGAUGUGGGGCUUGCAGCGAGGAACGUCGGUCAUCCCCAAGUCUGUCACCGAGUCGCGCAUCCAGGGCAACUUCCAGCUAGAUGGCUGGAGUUUGACCGACGACGAGAUGAAGCAGCUCAGCUCGCUGCCAGACCGCUUCAAGGUCUGUCAAGAUGGCUGGCUUCCAGUCCGUGUUUUCUUUGGCGAUGACGAAUAG